AUGGUUGCUAAAUUUACUGUUAACAAAAGGUCUCGAACAAAUGAAGAUCAAGAAAACAUUCAAGACAGUGAAACAGGUGAGGAAAAGAAAAAUGAUUUCCAAUGUAUUUGGUCAAAAUCCAAAGAAUCCUCAGAAAGUCUGCAAGAAAAGCCUACAGGAAAAGCACAAAGCUGUGAGAAUGAUGUAGAAAAGAAGGAUAAUUUUGAAAACGUUCAAACAAGAUCAUUGGAUAAAAUACAAAAUAAUCGAGGAAGUGAAAAGCUGAAAGAAAAUGAGUCUCAAAAUUAUUUUUCCAAAUCACUCGCAGUUGGUUCUCAAGAUGCUCAAAACAGUGAGGCAAAAAGUAAACUGGAAAACUUAACGUCAGUGUCCAAGGAAAAUGUGAAACCUAGUAAAGGCAAUGGAACUGAAGAAAGAAACGAACCUGAGAAUGAUCAACCGGAAUCUGAAGCUUAUCUGCAGGAAACUCUCAAAAGUAGUGAGACAGAGAAGAAAAAUUAUUCUGAAAGUUCAGAAUCAAUAUUAGAGGACCGGCAAAUGAAAGAUAUUGACGAAACAGAUGAUACAGGAAAAAAUUCUGCAAACCUUGUGUCAAGUUCAAAGGAAAAAGUACAAGCUGAUCAGUGUGCUGAAAAGGGAACUGGUACAUCAAGCUCCCAGUUAAAAUCAGAAGAAAGCAUGCUGGAUACAAAAGGAAUUGGACACGAUGACGCAGGAGAUUUAAAGGUAGAAGCAGAGAAGUUUUUGAAAAGUGAAGACAAACUAAAGGAGAGAAAUGAAGCCUUUGAAAGUGGAGUGAGUGAAAGCAAGCAUUUGAAGCAUGUGCCAAAUGGUGAAAAAGAGCACAAAUCUGUACAAAUCAGAACUGGUAAUUGUAGUGCAGCAUUGUUGCAAAAAGAGCAAACUGAGGACCCAACUCAUGACCAAACUGCAAGGCUGAAUGAGUUAAACAUUCCUCCAAAUGUGGAACAACAAGAGUCUUUACUUCCUCCUCAUCAGACUAUUUCUGCAGACACUCCAACAUUAAAUGAUGCAAGUCUUCAACAUCCAGUUGCAAGCAUAGCACAGUUUGUUCAUUAUAAUCCAUCUUCGCCAGCCACUCCAACACUUGAUGAAAACUUUAGCUAUGAGGCAUGCUCUGGUUCCAAAGAUGUGGUUGAAUCUUCUGUAGAAGAUUCUGAAAAGCAAAAGGCUUGUACUUCAGAAAAUAUCAAACAAGUUUUAUGUAAAGAGCAGCAAGCUGAAGAAUUAGAAUCAAAAUAUGACUCGUUGAACGUGAAAACGCAAGAGUUGCCAGUUCAGCAGGAUGUUGUAUCAGAGAUAAUCACAAGUGCCAUUUGUGAGUGGAAAGAUGAAGCUGCGGAGGAGCAAUCUGUUAAAGGUGCUGAAGAACAAAGUUCCUGUCGAAGAGAAAGAAAACCCAAACGCCCUUACUCUCCAGUAGAAAAUCCCUCUAAACGAAGGCAUCUUCAUUCAGAGGAGAAAAUUACAAUGGAGGAGGAUAUGCACAAACCCCAUUCAGAAGCUGUAUCAGCUCAAGAACCAGAUGUAGAAAAACCAACACAAUCUCGGGGCAAAAUUGCUACCAAGCUUGAAGAAAGAACAAGAAGCCAGAUAUCUGAUUUAAACAUUCAGAAUAAACCAACUACUCGUGCAGCCAAAAGAAUUAAUAGCCCUGAGCAUCUCCCAGUGACUGAACGAGAACGGCGUUCAUCGGCUCCAGCAAAAGAGAAACCAGCAUCUGAUACAAAAGCUGCGAAAACUCCAGUAACAAUGUCAGUUACAAGAUCAAGGAGUCAGCUAUCUCCUGUGACUAAACAAGGACGCAAACGAGAAGCAAGUCCAGGAGAACGCAGAAGGGGACAGCAUAAAAAUGAAGUGCCACCAAAGAGAACAAGGCGAUAACUAAGAAUGGUAGAUGUUGCUAUUCUGGCUUAACAACUUUGUUAAGCCAAUCUUGUACAUUGUAUAUUAUAAAUUAAGUUAUAUUUGUUGUAGUAACACAAGGGAAACGUGAAGUCAGUAUUGAUAGAUUGAAACUGUCUUUUUUACUGUACUUAAAAUUUUGUGUUGUAUAUGGGAAAUGGUAACGAAAAUGUUGACGUGCUUUUACCUGUUGUAACUUGCAAUUUUAAGUACAAAGUUUUCAUUCUAUGAAUGUAUUUUAUUUUUACCAAAUCCUAUUUAAUUGACAAAAAUUGUUUGCUGAGAAUAAGCAACUGAGGGAUAUGACUAUUCAGAAUAUACUGUACAUUUAAUGUGCAUCUCUUGUUAAUGUUCCAUAUGUUACAUCCUUGGAAUGGGUGACCAAAAUAUUUUGUAUUCACAUAAAACUCAUUGAGCAUGUACAAAUGGUUUAUAAUAAAAGAAAAGACUUGUUUA